CCUAUAGUCAGAAUGAGGACUCUGUUGCUGUUUUGACCAUAAUAACUGGUUAGCUAAUGCUGGAACUGCUCUGCUAGGCUAGUUUAUCUAGGUGGUACUGUAAACAUGGCGUGGCUAUCAAACCUCAAGUAGUUCAGGUAAUUUACUCAACAACAAGGAAACACGUUCACUGCAAGUUCUGGGAAUGGAUUCAAGGCAGAGCAGCAGUGAAGACGGCAACUUCAUGAUGGAGAAAGCAACAACAGAGGAGAACAGUGCCAGUACUAAGGACAAUACAAUCUACGAAAAUGCAGAAACCAUAAAUGACAAUUAUUUGGUGCAAAAUUUAAGUAAAACUAUAACAGAUUCCAUAAAAAACAUCGAUGAGCCUCCUGUGGACUGGCUUGAGCCUCUAGAAGAGGAUUGCGAAAAUGAGGACAAUGCCCAAAGCUGGGAGAUGGGUGGCACGAAGGAUGGAGAGUUAGAGAGUCUAGCUGGAGAGAGUGAGCAAAGUAGCAGUGUAGCUGGCAGUGAGAUGAAAUUUAAAAGAAGAGGUGAUGGUGGUGGUGCAGUGGGGGGAAAGGGACGAAAGCGACGGAUUGCAGCAGAUGACGACUGGGAGGAUUGUCCUGUACUGGGAGAGGGGUGGAAGCGCAAAGUGGUUUUACGCCGUUCUGGUAUGAGUAUGGGACAAAAAGAUGUUUACUACUUAAGCCCUCAAGGAGAUCGAGUGAGAAGUAGGAUUGAACUGCUCAAAUUCUUUGGAAAUGCAAUGGACCUUACCAAGUUUGACUACAAGUUGGGACAAUUUGUAGAUGGUAAACUUCCAAAGAGGAGUGCAAAGAGAAGGAGGAAGGAGCACUCCUCCCCAGUGGACUGUGGUUUCUCAUCUGAAUCCAGCUUUCAAAAUGAGACCGCAGAUCCUCAUGACAGAACAUACAGUCCAGGGCCUCCCUUUAACCUUAAUCCUGUUUCGCAUCGGAGCAAGUCCCUAGGCCAAAAGGAUGGCUUGUUUUACCAGUCCCCCAGUCAGGCUCUUGUACGCCCAUCACACACAGCUAAGGCCAUUCUUGGAAUCUGCAUAAGAUGUAGAAACUCAUUUACAGGUCUUAAGGGUCAAGCUGUGUGUGACACAUGCAGUGAAGCGUGCAAUGUCUCUGAAGAUGACCGGAUAAUUACCUCUAAAAAAACAACAGACAGAAGCUUGUCAGAACGGUCUAUUAACACAGAUUUCAAGUACAGUGACUCAGAUGAACAUUCACCAUUUUUUGAAGAAGAUGAUGAGGAGUUACUUCAGAAGAACCAUUGCCCUUGUGGGAGUUGUAAAGGCUGCAUGUCUAAAUUCGAUUGUGGAACCUGUGAUUACUGUAUAGACAAGCCCAAGUUUGGUGGAAGUAAUAAGAAGAGACACAUAUGUCGUCGACGACAGUGUGUCAGAGAAGCCAAGUCUGGGACUGACAGAUCAAGACUACGUAAUUCUUACAGCAAUAAGAAAAUCCCUCGAGACAACAGUCAAAAUUGGGAGUUUGAGGUAUCUGACAAUGAAGCUGAGCUGGAAAGGAGAAAGAAGUCUUCAGCUGUUGCUGCACGUCAACUGGAAAAAAACAAGUUUGGAAGAUCUUAUUACAAUAGGCAGGGGUUGGAAACUGCAGUUUGUCAACUUGUACCUGAGGAUGAAGUUUUGCAAAAGAAUGAUACACAGUCAUGCUUCCCAGGCACUGAACAACAUUUAGAUGAGGACAUUAUCACACCAGCGAUCACUCAGCUUUUUAGUCUGGGGGAUGAAGACAGUGCUGACAGCGGCCUGGACCUGGAGCUUCUCGAACUUCUGACAUCCCUGCGUGAGGCUGUGCUUCCUGUGCUGUGGUGUGCUUUGCUGAUUGAGGGUCCACGCUUACAGCUUCUUCAGUGCUCCAAGCUCUCAGCCAUGGCAGACACAAUAGUACAGAUUGAGCCAAGCUUUCGCUACCACAUCAGUGUACAGGGUCAGCCUUUGUUGCCCACUCACAUGCUGUACCACGCACACCCAACCCACCUUACCUCUGUGACUCAAGUCACCACCCUGCUGGAAGACUUGGAGCGCUACUCAGUGUGCAGAGGUUUCAGGAGGGAGGCUCCUUUUGAAGCUGAACCCAUUAUCCAGGUGCGGGCAGCUACCUGUGAGUUCUUAGUGGAACCAGAGGCUGUACGGUGUGCCAGGUGCAAGAGCACACAACAGAAAUUGUGAUCACAUGCACACGCUCAUAACUGGGUUCUUGCAUAACUUACAAGAUGUACUUACAUCUUGUACAACUCACCUCUACCUGCUCAGAUCAGUGUUUUAAGAAUAUUGUAUAAGGUAAUAUAUUAGACAAACAGUCAUUAAAAACACCUUUUUUACUUGUCUACUGUGCUACAAAAGAGGUCUAUAAACUGGAGUGCUAUUUUUUAGCACUGUUGUAUAAAUGAGCCUUAAUGACUAGACAAUUUCAGAAUGUUUGUCUAACCUUUUUCAUAUAAACACUUGUAAGAAAAACUUAAUUGAUCCUUCAUAGAUUAUUAUGUUCAAAAACUUUUUGCAGAAAUAGCUGUUGGCUGGACUGUAACAGAUGGUGAAUUUUACUUUUUUUUGACUGAGAAAAAUCUCUUUCUUGAAUUAGGUCACUUAAAAAUACAACUAAAAAUGCAGUACAGACAGGACCUAUACAGUAAAUUACAUUAAGCAUAUACUGAAGUUACACAUACAGGUGUUGUUAAUUCAUGCUGGCAUUAAAUACAUAUUGUAGUGUCCUAUUGUUUUUCAUAAUUUUGUUGAUUGUACUCUUCUCAGGGCUACGAUUUUAGAAUUCAAAGGGUAUGACAUACACUGCAACACUGAUGCAGGUGAUGCAGAUACAUUUUCAUGUUACAGGGAGUGGAAAAAGAGACAGUAAAGCAUUUUCAUAUAUAUAUAUAUAUAGAUAGAGCGAGAGAGAGAGAGAGAGACUUGUAUAUAUGGACUUUCAUUAGAUGUACAUUUUGUGGCUAGUGAAAUUGAACGUUGUUAAUUGAAUUUGGUUAACUGGUUUCUUUAGUAACUAAGGGGGCAAUCACAGGGUGAUUUGAAUACAUUUUAUUUUCAAUAAAUGGAAUGAUCAUUUAAAA